UGCCCAGUUUAUUACACUGUGAUCUUGCCGUCAGCGAACACACUCAACCUAUUGCACUUCAACUCUGCAGUGACUCAACAUGUGAACCAUCAGGAUGAAGUUGUGAAGUUGGAAGGACUCAUGCUGUAGCUAGCUGCAUCAGCUGAUUUGUUUGGGUUUUUUUUUUUCAAAACAAACUCACUGUUGAUAUGAAACGCAUGGAUUAUGGAUCGAAUAUGGAUAUUCUGCAAAAUCCUAUUUUUUCUAAGUGUCAAUGUGAAUUCAUCGUCGCAUGACGGCGACGACGCUUCUUGUGAUGGAGCGUUCGAUAUUUAUUUUGUAUUAGACAGGUCAGGCAGUGUGAUGGGACACUGGGAUGAGAUCUUUGGAUUUGUGGAGCAGCUCACCAACAGGUUUGUCAGUCCCAGGAUGAGGGUUUCCUACAUUGUCUUUUCAGCCAAAGCUGUCGUAAUACUGCCACUAACUGGAGACAGGGGUAUGAUAGAUGAGGGUUUGAGGAAGCUGAGCCAAAUCAAACCUGCUGGUGAAACGUACAUGCACGAAGGCAUGAAAGCGGUGUCAGAGCAGAUGAAGGCACAAACUUCGCCGUCAUCCAGCAUCAUCAUCGUCCUGACUGAUGGCAAGCUGGAGGUCUACCCCUUUGAACUGAGUCUGCAGGAGGCUGACAAAGCCAGAGGGUUUGGAGCCAGAGUGUACUGUGUUGGUGUCAUGGACUUUGACCACAAACAGCUUGCUGAAAUAGCAGACGGCACAGAACAAGUCUUCCCAGUGCUGUCCGGGUUUCAUGCCCUUAAAGACAUCGUCAACUCGAUCCUGAAGCAGACAUGCGCAGAUGUAUUCACAAUAGAGCCGUCGAGUGUUUGCGUGAAUGAGACUUUCAACGUGGUGCUGAGGGGCAGUGGCUUUAGCGGAUCCAGGAGGACAGAAAACAUUCUCUGCUCCCUCACUGUCAAUCAAAAGACAUACGACCAGAAGCCAACAGUAGUUAAAGAUGGCUAUCUGCUGUGUCCAGCUCCUGCUCUGCAUGAGGUUGGACAAUCCAUUGAAGUACUGGUUAGCCUGAACAAUGGACAAUCCUACAUCUCCAGUCCCAUCACCAUCUACGCCACAACAUGUUCAGAUGGGACCUGGGUGCUCUGGUUGCUGUUGGCUCUGUUGCUGUUACUGGCUCUGGUUUUACUCUGGUGGUUCUGGCCUCUCUGCUGCACUGUGGUGAUCAGAGACCCACCCCCCUCUCGCCCACCUCCCCCACCUCCCGUCAUUGAGCCAGAAGAAGAUCUUUUGCCCAAACACAGGUGGCCUACAGUGGAUGCUUCAUACUAUGGAGGCAGAGGUCCUGGAGGGAUCAAACGCAUGGAGGUGCGUUGGGGGGAGAAGGGGUCCACAGAGGAAGGGUCACGGCUAGAGAAAGCCAAAAAUGCUGUCAUCACCAUGCCAGAGGAAGUGGAGGAGCCCAUCAUACCCCGGCCCCCACCACGACCUCCUCCAGUCUACAACCCCCAACAGUCCAAAUGGUAUACUCCCAUCAAGGGGCGUUUUGAUGCGUUGCUGGCAUUACUGAGGAGACAGUACAACAGAGUGGCAAUCAUGAGACCGACAUCGCAGGACAAGUCGAACUGUCUGCAGUCACCAAGGAAUAAAACAGUUUUUGCUAUGAAGUGUCACCAGUUAAUUUGAUGAGAAAAUGGAUCCACCCUCUUGACUCCACAAUGAUUUGAUUAGACAAUAACAGAAAAUGAUACGGAUCACUCUUCCCCCUCUAAUUAUCUACCCAACAGACAAAUAACAGCUUACUGAAUCAACUCAGUUGUUAUAAAUAACAGUCUAAAUGUCAGCGCUUGCAGAGUGCGUCAUCAAACACAGCUUUAAUAAGCUACAGGCCCUCCAAUGAUUUAGGAUUGUUUUCUUCUGAUCUGAUAUUCAUGAUUUAUCUUCAUAUUUUGUCCCUCUGUGUGUUUCAACAUUUCAAUCAUAAAUGGCAUAAAAUUUGGAAGGAUGCUGCAUUUUCACACUGUGGUCAAGUGUUUAAAUGUGUUAUGCCCUCAUGGGCCCCAAUAGUUAAAAGAAGAAUGCAUUUUGGCUGCAUUUUUUUAAAGGUUCAGUGGUGAAGGUUGCAAAUUACAAUUAGUGGUUCGGUGCAUUCAUGUGCUCUUCUGAUGGUCCCAUUUCCUGAGUUGUGAAGUCGUUCUUCCAACAUCAGGGUGUGUUAAUGUGCUCCUAAGUUGGUAUGUGGAAUCAACAUGGACAUGGACACACAUACAUCUAGUUCCCUCUACAUGGACCGCAAACUAUGUAAAUGCAAUACAUGAUUUUGCACGAAUCAAAGUUCUGUAUACUUCUUUAUGUCCCAUGUACACUUUAUUUCUGUCUUUGCAAUAAAGAUUUUAGGAGGAAAAACAGAUUUGGUUAUUCCAACUCCACAUGAAUGCACCAUCAGUCACCGCUCAACCAUCCCUUUCUAACAUUACUUCUUCUUUGUAUGUAUUCAAUGUAGUGAUGAAAUGCGCUCUGUAGAGACUUUUGUCCGUUGGUGUUACUGUAGAAACACAGCAGCGCAACAUGCUGACAUCCAUGUAAGGUUACCCGUGCUGUAUGUAGAUACAAAUGCCUCAUUCUAAGGUAAUAAAAACGG